AUGCUGGUUGCACUGGUGUUUUUGUUCCUUUCUGUAGUUAUGGCUUCCCGGUAUCUCUACAAAAAGAUAUUCGUGAUGGGAAGGCUCAAGCACAUCAAGAAGCCCUCUGAGGAUUGGGAGGCACCUUCUAGGAAGGCUAUGAUGGAGAGGCUUGAAUCCGAAGUGUUCGACUUGGUGAUAGUUGGUGGGGGAAGCACGGGCGCGGGGUGUGCGCUCGAUGCUGCAACAAGGGGACUGAAUGUAGCAUUGGUGGAGGCCCUUGACUUUGGGUCAGGAACCAGCUCAAAAUCAACCAAGCUUGUGCACGGCGGGGUAAGGUACCUUGCAAGUGCUGUUAGCAACCUGGACUUGUCACAAUACAGGCUGGUAUGGCAAGCACUGGAUGAGAGAAGUACGAUGUUCAAGAUAUCUCCGUACCUUACAAACAGCAUUAAGAUACUGGUUCCCAUAUACAGCAAGAUUCUCGUUCCCUACUUCUACCUUGGACUGAAGCUUUAUGAUUGGAUUUCUGGACUGAAGUCAUUAGGGAAAAGCUAUUUCAUUAGUAGAAAGGAGGCUAUAGAUGCAUUCCCUCAUGUCAACAAGAAAAACCUUUGCGGGGCGAUGGUUUAUUUUGAUGGGCAGCAAGACGAUGUCCGAAACAAUGUGAUGCUGGUGAUGACUGCUGUCUACCAUGGGGCUGUAGCUGUGAAUUACCUAUCUGCAAAGUCUUUAGUGAUGAAAGAGGGGAAGAUUGCCGGGGUCCGAUGCAAAGACUUGAUUUCGGGGUCCGAAGUUGAGAUCAGGAGUGCGGGUGUCAUAAACAGCACAGGAAACUUUGCAGACGACCUGAGGAGAAUGAACGAUGGAGAUGCAAGGGAGAUCAUGGUCCAAAGCUCUGGAACACACAUUGUCAUCCCAAAGGAGUAUGCUCCUAAGGAGAUGGGGUUUCUGGAUCCUCUUACGGGCGAUAACAGAAUAGCUUUCUUCAUGCCAUGGAUGGGAAAGACACUUGUAGGGUCUACCGACAUCAAGGCAAAGAACGAGGCGUCUCCCUCUCCAACGAAGGAGGAUCUGGAGUUCCUGAUUCACGAGGUCAGGGCCUACACGUCUCAGAAUCCAAAGCUAACGAAAGACGAAGUCUCGGCAAUAUGGACUGGAAUAAGGCCUCUUGUCAAGGACAUCGAGGUUUCCGAAACAAGCUCGAUUGUCAGAAAGCAUUUUGUGCAGGUUGAGAAGAAUGGACUCCUGACAGUCACUGGAGGCAAGUGGACGAUAUACAGAAAGAUAGCGGAGGAUGCCAUAGAUUUGGCUGUCAGUGCGUUUUACUUGAAGCCGAAGGGGCCAUGCGUGACGAAGUAUGUGCAGAUACUCGGGGCUGAUGAGUACAGCGAAGACACUUGGAUCUGUGUGCAAAAGAAGUUGAAUGUGACAAAGGAUGUUGCAAAAAGGCUUGUAAGAUUCUAUGGAACUGGUGCCUUAAGGCUUGCGAACUACAUUAAAAAAGGCAAGAAGAGCCUUCUGUCGGAGAAGUAUUCCUACUUCUGUGAGGAGGUGGAGUACUGCAUAGACAAUGAAAUGGCUGUCAGGAUAUGCGAUGUGCUCUGCAACAGGCUGAUGAUUGGGCUGGUGGACGUGAAGGAGGCCUAUGGAUGCAUUAGGAAAGUUCUUGAGAUUUUCAAGAGAAAGCAUCGAUGGGAUGCAGACAGAUGCAACGACGAAGAGAUAAAUGCGAUAAGGAUGCUCAAUACAUAUGGACUAAAGAUCUUGAGAGAAGAUAUUCAGGACGAGUCUUCCCUGGAGGCUGGAUGCCCUGGAGAGGAGGAGCAUAGGAGUGGGAACAAAUCUUUGAUCACAAAAUAA